UAUCAGCUCGCUGCGUUUUCUGUUCUACGUCAUCUGAAACCACUGUACAACGGUUGAAGUCCAAGACAGUUUGGAUAUCUUUUCCCCUUCUAGAUUGAGGCGUCGCCGCGCAUUGCCGAGGGGAAUGGCGCAGCCAGAGCACCUCUCGCUCGCGGGCCGGCGGGUGGCGUUCACGACGCCGCAGACCACCGACGACGGCGGCGGAUACGGUGGCCGGCUUGGCACGCUCCUGCGGCAGCGAGGCGCGCACCCGUUCGCCGUGCCCACCAUCGCCAUCCGCGCGCACGAGCCCGACCGCCUCCGCCCCUACCUCCUGCCCGGCGCGCUCGACCCCUUCGCGGCGCUCGCCUUCACCUCCCGCUCCGGCAUCGCCGCCUUCUCCCGCGCCCUCCCCUCCGCCCACCUCCCCCUCUCCGACGCCGCCUCCGCGCUCCCCUUCACCGUCGCCGCCCUCGGCCGCGACGCCGACCUCCUGGACGGCGCCUUCCUCGCCCGGCUCUGCCGCGACGCCGGAAGAAGGGUUGCCGUCCUCGUCCCGGACGUCCCCACCCCAGCCGGCCUCGUGGAGUCGCUGGGGCGCGGGUCCGGCCGCCGCGUGCUCUGCCCCGUCCCCGACGUCGACGGCCUCCGCGAGCCGCCCGUCGUGCCCGACUUCCUCGCCGGGCUCGAGGCGGCCGGUUGGGUGGCCGUGCGCGCGCCGGCCUACACCACGUGCUGGGCCGGGCCGGGCUGCGCCGAGGCGCUGGUGGCCCCCGACGCCGCCGCGCCCGACGCCGUCGUGUUCACCAGCUCCGCCGAGGUGGAGGGGCUGCUCAAGGGGCUGGACGCCGCGGGGUGGAGCUGGGCGCGGCUCACGGCGCGAUGGCCUGGCAUGGUCGUGGCUGCGCAUGGGCCGGUCACCGCUGACGGCGUCAGGAGGCUCGGCAUUGAGGUGGACGUUGUGAGCUCGAGGUUUAGCAGCUUCCAUGGGGUUCUAGAUGCUCUCGCUGCAACAUUUUGUUCCCAAAAUCAGCUGCAGUCAGCAUACUUACUUCUGUUCCACACCAACCUGUCACCUAGAUGCAUUCAGAAUGUACUGUGGAUCUACAUUCAACCAACCCAGCUUUGUAUUUGUUACGUUUAUCACAGAAAUAGGGUGAUACACCAUUCUUGA